CAGCUUCAAGAUGUUCCCUCUGGGCAGAAACGCGCUGAGUCGCCUCCGGGUUCCGAGUUUUCAUCAGGCGGUGGCAAGGCAGAGCCACCAGAAAGGGACCCCCGACUUCCAUGACAAGUAUGGGAACGCCAUAUUAGCCGGUGGAGCUUCUUUUUGUGUUGCGAUGUGGACUUACACGGUAACACAAAUCGGCGUCGAAUGGAACCUGUCCCCGGUUGGCAGAGUCACCCCAAAGGAAUGGAGAGAUCAGUGAUCAUCUCAGCUGGCUGGCGCAAUGCUGAGUUGUGUCGGCAUCCAGUCAGAAAUGAUUGAUGCCAAGUAAAAAGCUCUAUGUAGCCAUUAAAUAUGGUAGAACUGAGAAAA